AUGGUGCAUAAGGAAGCUAGACUCACCAAAAUAACCCUGUUAGCCCAGAGCUGCACCAACCAGGGCCUGCCGCUGCCCACCACCCCCCCCCACCAGGUGACAGGUGGGGCCGCGGAGCGGCCACCAGACCUCCGCCUCCUCGCGUUGCCUGCCGGGAGCCUGAGCCGCUUCCGGUUGAGCCCUGUCCCUGAACUUCGACUCCCGUCGGCCCCCGGGAAAACCGCAGCCGUAACAGAGAACUCGCGAGGCGAAGGUACGGGUGGCGGCGAGGGGUCAAUCCGCGCCGGGCGUGGGGUUGGCUGUGAGGCCGUCGGAGGUGGUUGGGUGGGAGGAGAUCCGCUCACACACACGAGGAGGAGGGUUGAGCCGCCGCCGCCGCCUCUGUCGUCGUCGCGAGUGUGGAGUCGGGACUGGAGCUGCUGCCGCCGCGACGCCGGGAUCUUUGUCGCUAGCUCCCGGCCCUUCUGCCCCGCCGCCUUCCCUCGGUCAGCGUUGCCCACUCCUCCCCGGCCGGGCGCCCCUGCCUCCAUUUCCCACUCUCUGUCCACCACACACACGGCCCCCCCGAUCAUGGAUCCGGGCAGUGGCGGCGGCGGCGCCGGGAGCAGCAGCGGCGGCAGCAGCAGCGACUCGGCGCCUGACUGCUGGGACCAGGCGGACAUGGAAGCCCCCGGGCCGGGCCCGUGCGGCGGCGGCGGCUCCCUGGCGGCGGCGGCCGAGGCCCAGCGGGAGAACCUCAGCGCGGCCUUCAGCCGGCAACUCAACGUCAACGCCAAGCCCUUCGUGCCCAACGUCCACGCCGCCGAGUUCGUGCCGUCCUUCCUGCGGGGCCCGGCAGCGCCGCCACCCCCAGCUGGCGGCGCCGCCAAUAACCACGGAGCCGGCAGCGGCGCGGGAGGUCCUGCGGAAAGAGAUGCAUGAAGAGUCCAUUGUGAACCAGGCAUUGUGCUUGAUGACGGAGACACCAAGUCAACUUGGACCAGGUCCUUCCCCUUAAGGAGUCUUGGAAAAUUUGCUCAAGAGAGUCUCAGCUGAGUCUUGAAGGAAGAAGAGGAGGUAGUUGGAUGAAGAAAGAAAAGAGGCUUCCAGAAAAAGAGCACAGUGCAUGCCAGGACAUCUAAAUCAUGACACUUAGAUACCUGCAGAAAGAGGACAAAAUUGAGGUGGGAGGAGUUAGAAAGGGCCCCCAGGUAAUGGCCUUGUGUGGUAAAGGAUUUAACUUUCUCCUGAAGGAGAUAAGGAGUUUUAAGCAAGCAUUUUAGAAAGAUUCAGCAGAGGACAGUGGAUAGAGGGUGAGGCCAAAAGCAGGAAGACUAUCAUCCAGGCCAGACAUUUCUGAAUACAAUGCCCAGAGACAGUGGGAGAGAUUUCUCCAAGGAUUCUUUGCAGGAAACAAGGGUCCCUGCAAUGAUGAGACCUGAGUUUCCUAUUUCUCUAGUAGCUUUGUAGCUCAGCACCCAUCCCAACUGCAGCUGGAAGAUGUCCUCUGCUAUUUCUCCAUUCCAUACUCCAAGUCCCUGCCCUGCAGUAUGUAUGUACCUUUUGCCACCCACCCUCUGACUCUGUUACAUUGUAUAUUGAAUCUUCAACCUAAAGAUCUCAACUGCUUACAAAAAAGAAGAGAAUUAUGUGGGCUUAAUAAUGUUAAGGGCAGUUACCACAUGAGCACUGACUAUAUCCAAGCAUUGUGUUAGCCUUUAACCUGCAAAGAAAAAUACAAUUAUCCCCAUCUCAGAACAUAAGAGGAAAAUUGAGACUCCCAAGAAGCUAAAUAACCUCCUAUAUAGCUUUUAACAUGGGUGGGGAUAGGAUAUGGAUUUGAGAAUGUCUGAUUCCAACCACCCUUUUAUGGCACCUCACUGGCUCACUUUUAAUUUCACUUGCUGAUUUAUUACAAAUCUCCCUCUCCUUCAGAAUCAAACACAAACUCAUUAUGCUGGGCCAAAAUAAAAUCUGAAUAGCCAUACCCAAUUGUUUUUAAAAUGUUCAGGCUUCCCUGACAGAUGUAUGACAUUGCAACACUACAGCUUUGGAGUGGCUGGCUUAACACCAAGGAGUGGUUCCAAAUCUCUUUUCCUGUGGAACAGUAGCACAAAUUUGGUCUACCAUCUAAAACCAAAUAAUGGCUGCCUUUUUCCUCUUCCUGGAAAAAAAUGACAUAGAUGGGUAAAUGGAUUAAUGAAUGGAUUAGAUGGAUAAAUGGAUGGAUGAGUGAAUAGAUGGAUGGAUGGAUAAAUGGAUGUGUGUGUGGAUGGAUAGAUGGAUGGAUAAAUGGUUAAGUAAAUGAAUAGAUGGAUGAAUGAAUGGACAGAUGAAUGCAAAGUGGAUGGAUAGAUGGAUGGAUAAGUGGAUGAAAGAAUGGAUAGAUUAAUGGAAAGUAAAUGGAUGGAUAAAUGGAUGAAUGGAUGGAUGGGUAAAUAGAUGAAUAAAUUGAUGGAUGCAUAAAUGGAUCCAUCUAUGGAUAGGUGGCUAGACAAUAAAUGGAUGGGUAGAUGAAUAAAUGGAUAGAUGGGUGAAUAAAUGAAUAGAUGAAUAUACAUUUACAAUAUAGAAUAUUUCUCAAGGGGAACAUAGAAAACUAUCAAUAGUGGUUGCCAUUUCUGUGAAGAAACAAACUGGUUAGGACAAGGAUGGGAGUGGAAACUACCUUUUACUAUACACUCUUGUAUCUUUCCAAUUUUGAGCCAUAUGUGUAUAAUACCUAUUUUUAAAAUAAAUAGCAAUAUGAAACUAAUUUCAAAUACUUUUGUUAAAUGUAUAUAUGAAUGGGUGGACAGAAGAAUAAAUAAAUCCUAAGUUUUUAAACAAA